AUGCUUCUGAGCUGGACUCACGAUGUGACGACUUCGCUGAGCGAUCUACCAGGCGAGUUCGCCGGCCAACUUGUCCCGCGCGGGAUCUUCUUGAAGAAGCACCUAUGCUCUGGCGGCCAAGGAGCGAUUUACGAGGCAACCUUUCCAUCCAACGACACCUCGCGUACAGACUCCUGCGUCGUCAAGGUCGUCCGCAGAGCCAAUAUGACCUCCGACCAACGCCGGAGUGUACUGCAUGAGUUUCUCAUCCAUAGAUCGGUCUCUUCACACACAAAUAUCGUCACCUGUCGCGGUUACUUCUACCAUACCGACACAGUCUUUGGCGUUCUCGACAUGAUUGAUGGCGGCGACCUUCAUUAUGCGAUCUCUGAGAAGGCUAUCUUCUGGAAAGAUAGCGACCUUCUACGCGACGUUUUCACUCAAAUACUCGACGCCGUUGCGUUUUGUCAUGCGAGGGGAAUCGCGCAUCUUGAUCUCAAACCUGAGAACGUGCUCUGCAGCGCUGACUGUCGCUGCGUGUAUAUCACGGACUUUGGAGCGGCUACGACCGCCGCCUACUCGAUGCGCGUUGAUGUCGGAACUGCCAUGUACAUGGCUCCAGAGAUCUUCGAUUCCAUUUCCACGCCGCGGCUCUACGAUCCGCGCAAAGCCGACCUCUGGUCACUCGGUUGCAUCUUCGUCAACAUGAUAGGCGGGCAAUUGCCCUGGGACGAAGCCCGUCUCUGCGACGGCAACUUCGCAGCGUUCCUCGCCGAUGCUGACUUCCUAAGGGCCAUUCUGCCCAUCUCAGCCGAGGCGAACUACCUGGCGCGCCGGGUACUCGAACUUUCACCGGAUGGGCGACUCCCCAUUCACACUCUUGCCCGCGAGAUAGACAUGAUUCGGGACUUCUUUAUGAAUGAUCAAGAUCUGAAGCUCUCGUCGGGCGCUGUGCGCGGUGUUGCAUUAUUGGCAGCUUGCACGAAGCGCGAUUGGAAGUCUAGGGAGGCACUUCACGCUGCAGCUCCUCUAGAAUGCACUUCAACUGCUCUCGCGAGCAUGGCGCGCGCGGACGAUCUGGACGCAUCCGGACCCGAUUCAGCACAGCAAUACACAACAUCCGCUGAAUCUGAUGGUGAAGAAUCAAGUGGCGGCAGUCUGUUCUACGCUAGCGAGUCUUGCAUGAACCUGGCUGAUCUAUGCGGUGGGCGUGACAACGGAGGGGAAGAGCCUGAAGACGAGCAAAAUGUUGGAAACCGUAUGGAGGGUUUCGAGGACGUCUCGCUGUGUUCUCCCAUCAUAUGA